GUUAUCUUACCUCUGUUACACAUAAUUUCGCUACUCCUUCAGGCUCCAGUCACUAACCCGUCGACGCCGUACCAGUCUAAGCGUGGUCCCCAUUCUCCCGCUCUGGCGCUCUCCUUCUCCAAUCAGUCCCAGGUUUUACUCAACAUCAAAAAUAAGUGUCACAAGUGGGUGUAGAGCUUUAUUUAGUGCACAGUCAAUAUGGCUAUGUAUAUCCGUGUUAAGCGUAGUAAGACAACUUACUUUAUACGGUGUGAUCCAACUGAAACAAUUCUGGGCAUAAAGGAGAAAUUGCAUGUCCUCGCUGAUCAACCAGUUAAUAAUCAGCGUUUGAUCCUAGUUGGUACUGGGGAAAUAUUAGAGGAUUCAAAGACAUUGGCAGAUCAGAAGGUUGAAAACGAUGCAGUUGUAGCACUGACCUUGAGAAAAGAUGAUAACGAGUUUGAGGAGGUGAACAUUGUACGGCCAAAUGACUUCUACCAAUCUCGUGAUGGAGAUGGUGGCAAUUGGUAACAAGACUGAGAUGUUCCGGAUGGAUAUAACCCCUGUCAAGGAAAGCUACCUUCUAAUCAAUUAAUGGCAUCUUGAAUAGUCAUUUGCUUCAUGUCCAUUGUCCAAUAAAUAUACCUGUACUUGUCAAUUCUCAAAUGUUCUUCUCUUCAAGAAAUGCACACCAAGUUUAGGAAAA